AUGGCAGGCAAGACCAAUACGAAAUCCUUUAAAAAGCAGCCUCUUAAGCCUCUGAGCCUCAAAAAGCCAUCAAAAGUGUCUAAUAUUGACGUAGAGAGCAACCAUGGGAGAGACAACGAUUCUCUCCCAAUACCUAAAGGUGACUCUCCCUAUGCCUUAGCCAAACUUGCUGAGUACAAAGAGAGAGAUCUUGAUAAAGCGGAGUAUUACUACAACCUCACUAUCAAAGCCGGCGAUCGCUGCGAAAGUGCUAUCAAAGAUCUCGCAAGUCUUUUACAUCAGCGAGGCAAGACUAAAGAAGCCUGCAACUUACUGGACAAGCAUAGGAAUCUGUUUAAAAACGAUGCAGAAAGGUUUGAAAACCUUUACAAUACACUAAAAAAGCAAAUUGUUACGACAGGUAACUGCUUAAAUAAACGCUUAAAGCUAUCAGGGCUUAAAAAGGAUGAUGACAGUGAUUUUGUUUACUCACUGUUUUCCAAUACAAUGCGUAUUAUAAGUGUCGAGCUGAAAUACGAAGAAAUUGGCACCAAAGAAGUGUAUUAUGCAAUAUACCUGCUUGCCAAGAAUAGCCUACUAGGAGCAUUAUUUGGUUUGCCGUUCUUAAAUUUUGUUAGCCAGAAAAUAUGCCAACGAAUUUGGUAAGCCAGCUAUUGUCCGGCCAACCAAAAAAUGCUCCUUAGUGGUCUAUUCUUGGUAAAUAAUUAUACUUGACUUCAGCAGCCACUCUUCAGCUAGAAAAACCUUAGAAGGUUUCCACCACUGGGAAGAGUAUAAAAUCGAAUGGAUUGACUAUAACGGAGAAGUAGCUGGAGACGCUCAUUAUGCAAGACAUAAGAUGGAGGAAUACAGAAAACACCAUCCCACGUUCGAGUAUAAAGUCUUCGACAGAGACCCGAAAGGCUACGUACUCAGUAUGCCUAUCGAUGGAACAGCAAUUCAAAAUGGAGAAAAACUAAAAGUUGAUGGGCUGGACGUCAAGAAUAUUUUACUCCCCCCCCCCCCCUCCGUGAGCGAACAAAAAAAUUUUGUUCGCUCACGGAGGGGUUAAUUUUUUUUUUUUAAAAAAAAUUUAUAUAUAAAUUUUAUAAAAAAUAAUUUUUUUUCGAAAUUUAAAAAAAUCCUAAUUUGCAAAAAUUGGGAAGCAAAUAUUAAUUUAAUUUGCAAAAUUUAUGUUUUUAAAAACGCAAUUUGUUUAAAAAUUAAACAGAAUUAGCUCUAGAUUUCAUUAUACUAAUUAUCACUUAUAUAUCAAAAUUUUUUUCCAUUAAAAUUUUUUCUAUUAAAAAAAUUUUUGUGUUCACUCACGGAGGGUGGGUUUUUGGUCAAAAAAAUGGCGAUUUUUCUAAUGGUUUUGUUCGCUCACGGAGGGGGGGGGAGUUAGGAGUUUCUCUGUUCUCCACGAUUUUUGAGGAGUCAGAGAUAUAA